AUGUCGAUUGUCUCGGCCCUUAAGGGCGACUUGCCACAGCAGUCUCGGUCGCUGUACCGCCAAUUAUUACGCCAAGGCACGCAGUUCAACGCAUACAAUUUCCGCGAGUAUGCGAGGCGAAGGACGAGGGAUGCGUUCCGCGAACACAGGGAGGUGCAGGACCCCAGGCAGGUGCAGGAUUUGAUACAAAAGGGGCUCAAGGAGCUGCAGAUGAUGAAGCGCCAAACGGUCGUCAGUCAGUUCUACCAGAUUGAUCGAUUAGUAGUCGAAGGGGGCAUGGCGGGCAAGGAAACAGGGAAGUCGGGAGAGGUUUCGCGGCAAAAGGACACAGGGUGA